UUACGUUAAGUACAUCUUAUUCGUAUAUGGAAAGUACUUAAUGAAGAUAAUAUACUUUAUUUUUUUAUGUAACCAUUCAAGUAUUUGUUGAAAUGCUUUUGUUACCAGAUCUCUUUUACCAGACUUUUAAUUCUGUUCUCCGUAUUUGCAGUGUUUUCAGGCUUUUACUUUCAGUAUUUGCAGGCCUCAGCUCCAUGGAUCAGAAAGCUGUCUGAUCCAUGUCUAUUACCCUACCUCAGUACCCCUCCCCCUCUGCAGAAUAAACAGGUAGACAGUGAACGUGAAAGUCAGAAUCUUCAUUUAAUACACCAUUUCAGGAGUAAAAACACAAGACUAUUUCCUGUAAGUGAACUCUGUGCUGAUACAGGGUUUGAUUUAACACACCGAUGUUGGAGUGAAGUAAACGUGUGUCCUGCUGUAAUCUGGAGAAGGAGACAUGACCUCCAACAUGAGUGUGUCUGGAGAACAGGACUUAAAGAGAGACGAGAGAAUGAUGGAGGGAAAGAGAUCAGACUCACCAGAACCCAGCUGUGUGUCCAUGAAGAGUGACUGGUCAAUGGAUCAUCCAAUCACAGUGAUUUGUUUUACAGCAGUGUUCCACCUGAUCAAACUCACUGGUCUCAUUCUGAAGCCCUUCAUGAUCUUUAUCAGACCACAACAGAAGAAAUCAAACCUCAGCAGAAAUCAGCUGGACUCCAUAUUCAAGGAGCUGGAACACAAAGUCAUCACUCUGAUAAAGAAUGAGCUGAAGAGGUUCAGGAAGCUCCUGAGUCCAGAUUACCCAGCAUGCACUGAGAGGGAGGUGGAGGAUGAGGAGGAUCUGCACAGUGUCAGAGAGGGAGCGCUGAAGAUCACACUGCACGUCCUGAAGAACAUGAACCACACAGAUCUCGCUAACACACUGCACAACAAGUCUGUGGCCUCUGUGUAUAAGACGAGUGGGAGGAAAGAUUCUUCCUGUGCAAGGUGCUGCUCUCACUUCUUUCAGCAUAGCUCCUGGUCUCAGAACAGGUUUAGUUCAUCGUUGCUGGUGUUGUGUAGAGGAUGUUAUAUUGUGAAAGUCACAACUUUCCCCGCUCAAGGUCUUGUGAAAUAUUUGACCUUGUUUGUGACUAUAUUCACCGUGAUGCUUUCAGCAGUUACUACAUUAGUGUCCUUAAUUUUUUACUAUUUAAACAUUGUUUUAAAGUUUAUUACAGGCUCAAUGAAUGUUCUUCUCCUUCACUAGAAGAUAAAGGCCCGGUUUCACAGACAGGGUAUACAUUAAGCCAGGAUUAGGCCUUCGAUCAAUUAGGACAUUUCAGUAGCUUUUAUAAACGUGUCUUAGAAAAAUAUAUUUCUGGUGCACAUCCUGAGAUAAAACAAUGGCACUGACGUGUUUUAAGAUCCGUCCGUGCAAGUAGCUUUCAGUUAAAACAGCUCAGACAUACAUUUUAGUCUGGGACUAGGCUUAAGCCUUGUUUGUGAAACCAGGGGAAAAAAGAAGAAGGGUGUGCUUUAUUAUGCUCUCUGCAGAAUAUGACAGAAGAAAUGUUACCCACACCUAUAAUUAUAAAAAGCAGGUAGAAUUGCAGUUAGCAUGAAACCUCAAAUGUGUAGCUGGGCUGGAAAUUUAUUUUUGUAUGCAUGUAUAAUUUUUUUUCUCUUACAGAUGGACCAGCAAACAGAUUUAAAGGCUGUUGUGAAUGAUGGGUUACAGAAAUGUCUUCCUGUGUUUAUUAUUAUUUGAAGUUAUAUAUUCUGAUUUGUAAGCAAGAUUAUGAAGUCUCCUUUUGCUAAUCAUUUUACAGCAUUAUUAAAAAGUCCAUGUACACAA